CAGCAUCUCCUGGGAGCAGCCGCCUGCAAGAAGAGGUGAUGCUCUCCAUGAGAUUGAGGACUCCUGGUGACCUCUUUCCCAGGAAAGAAGUGUCAGGAGGGCCCCAUCUGCUUAGCCAGCAAAUACACACAAUAUACCAAAGCAAAUGAGUCUGCUGGUCUGAGUGCCUGCCAAUCCAUGCCUGAGAAUAGCAUCAAGUUGCAUUGACCCACCUCCAGCAGGAGAACUUGGAGACUAUAUAAAGCUGAAACCCAGAUUUUGCUGUAGCUGGAAGCUCUCCCAUCAUGGGCUGCCAAGCCCUCCUCCUUUGGCUGCUGUUCUUCCAUGCCAUUAUUCUACCUGAAGCAGUUUGUUAUAGGAGGGACGUGGGAGGAUCCAGAGGAAGGCUAUGGCACAGACACGCUGAGAGAAGCACUGUCCGAGAUACAUCUGUGACUGAGCAAGAAGAGUAUGAAAAUGAACCCUUGCAAACUUUCGAUCCUGAGAUCCUAACACCAUUUCCUGGUGAGGCUGAGUACUUACAGCUUACCUCAGGUGAUGGAAAUUCAGCAAUCAUAUUAUCAGUUCUACCUGCUGCCAUCUCAACACAACUCCCUCCUGCAGCUGCUGCACAUUCAACAUCGUCAGCAGAUAAUGAAAAGUUACCAACUACCCUAGCAGAGCUACCUGUGGCCAACUCAGCAUCUGCCAGCCGCAGGGCCAGUGUGCCUGGGCCCAGUCCUUCAGUUGAGAUCACCUCGGAGACUUCACUGACCACAACCCCUGCAUCCUCCACACCUUCAUCAACAGGUGCUGAUGGUUCUCCAGCCCCCGCCCCCACCCCAGGGGCUGAAGUGGCUUCUACAUUGGACAUGCUCCCAGGACAAGUACUGUCAUUAACUGUGCCUACCUCAGAGCCCACUGUGCUUCCCCCAACUCCUCCUCCAACAGGUGCUGGGUUAUCUGCAACCAUAGCCAUAACAGAGCCUGCAGCCCUGCCAUCCACACCCAAGCCUCUGGCAGGAGCCUGGAUGGAGGUGAGGCUGCUGAAUGGCACAGGGAGGUGCUCAGGCCGCGUGGAGGUUCUCAUCCAGGGCACAUGGGGGACUGUGUGUGAUGACCUCUGGGACCUGGCCGAGGCUGCCGUUGUGUGCCGCCAGCUGCAGUGUGGCCAGGCCGUGGCAGCCCCCGUGGGGGCCCACUUUGGGGCAGGCUCUGGGAAGAUCUUACUGGAUGACAUGCAGUGUAUGGGCAGUGAGAGCCACCUGGGGCAGUGUAUGCACGGGGACCAGGCCAGGCACAACUGUGGGCACCUGGAGGAUGCCAGUGUCAUCUGUACAGGUGCUGGCAAUUCACCAGGUCCCACUCCAUCUACAGAACCUGAAGCUGUCACUUCAUCAUACACAGCAUCAGGUCAAGCACUGUUGUUAGCUGUGCCCACCACAAAGCCUGCUGUGCUUCUCUCAACCCUCUCUCUAACUGGUGAUGAAUUAUCUGCAACCAUAGCCACAACAGAGGCUGUGACCCUGACAUCUGCACCUAUGCCCCCAGCAGAAAAAUCUCGGUGUGGUGGCAUUAUUACUAACUCAUCUGGAGCGAUUAGGAAUCCCCCACAGAAUGAGAUGCAUGACAACAUCACUUGUGUGUGGGAAAUUAAGGCGAAUGCAUCUGAUCAUAUACUGCUGGCAUUUCCACAUCUUGAUCUCGACUGCACCAAUGAAUAUUUUGAAAUCCUGGACGGUCCUCCAUCCUCAACAAAGUCAUUGGGAAAGACCUGCUCUGGCUUCCGCCCCACCUACGUCUCCUCCUCCAGCUCAAUGACCCUCGUGUAUUUCCGAAGCUUCAACAACCUAGGAAAAAACUUCAUUGCUUAUUAUUAUUCUGCAACCAAAGAGGCAGUGUCGCAGACCCCACAUCUAAUCACUAUCCCAACAGCAACACCCAGGACAGUAACAGCAAGAACAGGGGACUGGUCAGAGCUGCGGCUGGUGGGUGGCUCUGGCCAGUGCUCAGGACGCGUGGAGAUUCUCCACCAGGGCGCCUGGGGCACUGUGUGCGACGACCUGUGGGACCUGAAUGAAGCUGAGGUUGUGUGCCGGCAGCUUGGGUGUGGUCGAGCCAUGUCUGCCCUUGGGAAGGCCCACUUCGGUCCCGGCUCAGGAGACAUCAUCCUGGACAACCUCCAGUGCGCUGGUGUGGAGCGCCACCUGGGCCAGUGCGCCCACUCGGGCUGGUCAGAGCACAACUGUGGCCACCACGAGGAUGCCAGUGUCAUCUGCUCAGAUGCUGAAGGAUCACUUGCUACCAGUCCAGAGGACUGGCCGGAGCUACGGCUGAUGGGCGGCUCAGGCCGGUGCUCGGGGCGUGUGGAGAUUUUCCACCAGGGUGCCUGGGGCACCGUGUGCGAUGACUUGUGGGACCUCAAUGAAGCCGAGGUUGUGUGCCGGCAGCUGGGGUGUGGGAAGGCUAUUUCUAGCCCUGGCGAGGCCCACUUUGGCCCAGGCUCAGGAGACAUCUUCCUGGACAACCUCCAGUGCUCUGGGGUAGAGCACCACCUGGGCCAGUGUGCCCACUCGGGCUGGUCAGAACACAACUGUGGCCACCAUGAGGAUGCCGGUGUCAUCUGCUCAGAUGCAGAAGACCUACCUCCAGCCACACCUCCAGGUUCUUCUGCAGCUUCUCAGGAUCACAUAAAAGGAGGAAGUAACUCUUGUGGAGGGGUCAUCUCUAGAUUCUCUGGCUCAUUUUCUAGUCCACAGUAUCCAGAAAACUACCCAACAGACAUCCAAUGUGUUUGGGAGAUCCACGUGGAUACAAAAUUUCGCAUAGAACUCAUAAUUCCAAGUUUGAAGCUGGAAGAUAUCCUUGGAUGUCCCUAUGAUUCUGUUGAAAUCUUCGAUGGUCCCAGGAUUGCCUCACUCUCCAUGGGGAAGUUCUGUGCCCCUGCAACUGUGAUCUUCUUCUCCUCCUCACACAUCAUGACAGUGGUGUUCCAAAGUGAUUCUAUAAUAACCAACACUGGCUUUUAUGCUAUUUUUAAUGCCCUUCCUCAGGGUGAAAGGCAGUCAGAUUCUGGGGACUGGGCUCCGGUUGUGACUCCGGCAUCCCCAGCUACCAUUCCUCCAGCCCCUAUACCACAAGGAGGAAGUAACUCUUGUGGAGGAGUAAUUUCAAGUCUAUCAGGUUCCUUCUCCAGCCCUUGGUACCCUGCAAACUACCCUAACAAUGUGGAGUGUGUCUGGGUGAUACACGUGGCUGAGAAAUUCCACAUAGAACUGAUGAUCCCAAGCCUGAAAUUAGAGGACAUCUAUGGGUGUCCUUACGACUUUAUUGAGCUGUUCGAUGGACCACAGGGUGCCUCACUCUCCAUGGGCCGGUUUUGUGCUGGGGCAGAGCUCACGUUCCUCUCUUCUUCAAACAUCGUGACUGCAGUGUUCAGAAGUGACACCAUGAUCACCAACACAGGGUUUUAUGCUCUGUACAACGCAGUUCAGCCAGAUGAAAGGGAGAGUGGUAUGUCCCUGCGACUGGUGAAUGGUAACCACAGGUGUGAGGGCCGGGUGGAGGUCUCCUACAACGGCACCUGGGGCACGGUGUGCGAUGACAGCUGGGACCUGACGGAUGCCAGGGUGGUGUGCCAGCAACUCGGCUGUGGAGAGGUCCUGUCAGCCCUGUCUCAGAGCUACUUUGAUGGUGGCACUGGCCACAUCAUUCUGGACGAUGUGCAGUGCACAGGAAGUGAAGCCAAGGUGUGGCAAUGCAUGCACAACGGGUUGUUCUCCCAUAACUGCGGACACCACGAGGAUGCAAGUGUCAUCUGCUCAGGUGUUGACGGCAAACCAAACAUAGAACCAACAGACUCCACUGAUGACAACCCCCCUACAGAUGAAAAUUUGCACUGUGGCGGUUUGCUCACAAAUAAUUCAGGCUCCUUCUCCAGUCCUCGGUAUCCUAAAAAUUACCCCACAAAUGUGGUGUGCACUUGGGACAUACAAGCGGAUGUCGGGGCUCAUGUGAGACUUACGUUUGAAGUGGUGAAAGUGGAAGAUUUCUACGGUUGUCCAUACGACUUCAUUGAAAUCUUCGAUGGCCCACAAAGUGAACCUUUUUCGCUAGGGAGAUUCUGUUCCAGGAAGAUCCCAGUGUUUACCUCCUCCUACAAUCGCAUGUCAGUGGUGUUCCAUAGUGACGCUCUUGUCACCAACACUGGCUUCUAUGCAUCUUAUGAGUCUCUUCUGCAAGAGGAGAAUGAUACCGGUUCAGGUGGACUGAAGGGAGAGGAGCUACCCACGCCGUCUAUGCCUUCCACUACCUCUCUGCCUCACCUAGCAGCAUCUGGGGCUGUGAGUCACGCAACCUCGGGUCUGGAACUGCGGCUGGUGAACGGGUCCCGCAGAUGUGAGGGCCGAGUUGAGCUCUACCACGCCAAUGUCUGGGGCACUGUGUGUGAUGACAACUGGUCCAUAGAGGAUGCCCACGUGGUCUGCAGGCAGCUGGGCUGUGGCCUAGCUGUUUCUGCCCUCCCAGGAGCCAGCUUCAGCCCUGGGUCAGGCAGCAUCCUCCUCGAUGAUGUCAACUGCACAGGAACGGAGUCCUCCCUGGGGCAGUGCCCUCACGGCGGUUGGUUCACCCACAACUGUGGGCACCAUGAAGAUGCUGGUGUCAUCUGCUCAGAUUCUGCAGCUGCUGGACAUCCAGCUAUCUUUUCUUCAACUUCUGGGGAACGUCCAAGCAUUUUUCAUCUAACAGCUGCUGAAGUUGCCCCAGCAUUGACAGAAAUGGUCCCAAGCAUUGCAUCAGCUACAGAAAUGACCUCUUUGCCUGUUCCUGCUUCAAUUUCAGCCACAGAUUUGGCCAUUACACCUGGCAUAACUUCUACUUCAGAAGAAGUAACUCCUUCAUCUGAAUCUUUGAAUACCGCUCUAACUACCUCAACAGCUUCAAUCUCCACUGCCGAGACCUCCACACAAGCUUCAACUUCAGCAGAAGUGGACACACCCUCUGAUGUGACUUCCACUGCAGCUGAAGUAUCUUCUUUACCAGCCGCAGAUCUAAUUUCAACCAAAGUGACACCAUCACCUGAUGCUGGAUCUCUCCAUGUCACCCAGGCUGAUCUUGAACUCCUGAGCUCAAGUGAUUAUCCCACCUCAGCCUCCCAAAGUGCUGGGAUUACAGAGCCGCCCCUGCGCCUGGUGGGCUCGCGGAGCCGCUGCGAGGGCCGGGUGGAGCUGCGGCACCAGGGCAUGUGGGGCACGGUGUGUGACGACCACUGGAACAUCAGGAACGCCCGCGUGGUGUGCCGCCUCCUGGGGUGCGGCCACGCUCUGGGUGCCCCGGGCCGCGGCCGCUUCGGCCAGGGCACCGGGCCCAUCCUGCUGGAUGACGUGCGCUGCGCCGGCAACGAGGAUGCUCUGGAGCACUGUGCUCACUCGGGCUGGGGCCGGCACAACUGCCAGCACCGAGAGGACGCGGGCGUGGUGUGCGCAGGUCCGGCUGACUCUCUUGUGCCUAAGGACAAUGCCCAGCUAUCCUGCUUGCCUCACCUCUUCCAAGCUGUCAUUGACCGAGGCUACCUCCGGAGGCUGGGCUACUCCUCCUGGGACAUCCACUUAAAUGAUGAGCUAUGUCGUCCCCACGUCAUGGGGCGCUACCUGAUCUUCAAUAUUCCCUAUGGCCACUGUGGCACCAUCCGGCAGGAGCACCUUGGUUCCCUCAGCUACUCCAAUUCCAUCAGAGGCCGGACAUGGGGCCACCCUGGCCGAGUCAUUGUGCGGCACAAGGUGCCCGAGCUGAAGUUCACCUGCAGGGUAGAUGGCCCAGCCACAGUUGAAAUCAUUCAUGGGGAUGACACCCUGAUGGAGGGUGCUGGCUACACCAUGUCCAUAUCCUUCCUCCAGUCCCCCGAGUCCCAGCAUGUGGGAGGCAUGGUGCCCUACUAUGCCAGCCAGAGGAAAGAGGUCUUCCUCCAAGCCACCCUCCACAGCCCUAAUCCCAGCCUGAUGCUCUUCGUGGAUACCUGUGUAGCUUCUCCAGAUCCCAAUGAUUUUACAACCAUCAAGUAUGAUUUGAUCCGGCAGGGGUGCAUCAAAGACAAUACCUACGUCAACCUCCACCCCCGCCAGAAGAACAUCGCUCAGUUCAAGUUCAACGCCUUCAGCUUUCUUGACAGCUAUGAUGAAGUAUAUUUACAGUGUUUGGUUGCAGUGUGCAAAGUAGGGGACUAUGCCUCUCGCUGCUCCCAGGGCUGUGCAGGGCAGAGUAGGAGAGGUGCAGGCCCCGUGGAGGCCAAGGAGGAGCAGACUGAGCAUUUCCAAAUGGUGGGGCCACUGAAGAUCCACAAAGCCACUGCUCAGAAGGAGACUCUUGAGUGAUUCAUGUGAAUCUGUAGAAAGAAAAUCUAUUCCUUUUCAAUAAUGUUUGAAAAAUCAGAAGUUAUCCAUGUAGAGACAGGUCAAAGAAACAGCCAGAGGGGAUUGCUUCUCUAAGGUUUGUUACUAAAUAAAUCUCUGAUUACUAAACUUCUAAGACAAUUACUCUUUGCUGGCUACAAAUGUUGCAUUUUCUAAUUCUUUACUCUCAAGAACUUGAUCAUUGUCUUAAAGUGUACAAAAUGUUACAAAGAGCAGGGUUAUCUCUCUAUACACCAUUUCCAAUUUAAAAAUUAUUUUUUGAAGUGGACUGUUUAAUCAUCAGAUGCUAUUAAGUGGAUCUGUUUUUGUCCUCUGAUGGUAUGAGAAUUUAUUUUCAGCUCUUGGCAAGAGUCUUAUGAAAAAUAAACUGUCAGGAAAUCA